AUGACUCGGGGAGUAGCCCCUCAGGAGGCCUCCUGCGUUUGGAGAUGCGCUUGUCAGAAGGCAAGCGAGCGCCUCCUGCAUUUGGAUUAUGCAGUCAAAGUGCUGCGCAAGCGAGCUGCAAAGCUAUGCAAAGCUAAGAGCAGCCGUGUGACAAGGCCUUUGAUUCACUGUAGGGUGCUGCAGCAGGAUUUCCUGCAGCACACGGGCCCUCCUCUCUCGUUGGCACAGUUAGCACCUGCCUCGAGAGUUGCAGCCCCACAAAGGAUCGACAACUUGUUUCGUAGUUGCCGUCACACCUUUGAACACUUUCAACACAGCGAUGCCAGCGUGCACCAUCUGCUCAGCGGCAAAGCUCAACCUAUUGAUUGA